GCGGCGGCGGUGGCGGCGGCGGCGGCGGCGGCCGGGACGAGGCGGCGACGGCGGCGGAGGCGGCGGCGCGGGGCGCUCGGGCUGAUGGCGGCGGCGGGCGGCCCCGGGACGGCGCUGUCUCCGCGGCCAUGCGACAGCGACCCGGCCACCCCUGGAGCCCAGUCCCCGAAGGAUGAUAAUGAAGAUAAUUCAAAUGAUGGGACCCAGCCGUCCAAAAGGAGGCGAAUGGGCUCUGGAGACAGCUCCAGGAGCUGUGACACUUCCAGCCAGGAUCUUGGCUUUAGCUACUAUCCAGCAGAAAAUUUGAUAGAGUACAAGUGGCCACCUGAUGAAACAGGAGAAUACUAUAUGCUUCAAGAACAAGUCAGCGAAUAUUUGGGUGUGACCUCCUUUAAACGGAAAUAUCCAGAUUUAGAGCGACGAGAUUUGUCUCAUAAGGAGAAGCUGUACCUGAGAGAGCUGAACGUCAUCACAGAGACACAGUGCACUCUAGGUUUAACAGCGUUGCGCAGUGAUGAAGUAAUUGAUUUAAUGAUAAAAGAAUAUCCAGCCAAACAUGCUGAAUAUUCUGUUAUUCUACAGGAAAAAGAACGCCAACGCAUUACAGACCACUAUAAAGAGUAUUCUCAAAUGCAACAACAGAAUACUCAGAAAGUUGAAGCCAGCAAAGUGCCUGAGUACAUUAAGAAAGCUGCCAAAAAAGCAGCUGAAUUUAACAGCAACUUAAACCGGGAGCGAAUGGAAGAGAGGAGAGCUUAUUUUGACUUACAGACACACGUUAUCCAGGUGCCUCAAGGGAAGUACAAAGUGCUACCAACAGAGCGAACCAAGGUCAGUUCUUACCCAGUGGCCCUCAUCCCCGGACAGUUCCAGGAAUACUACAAAAGGUACUCACCGGAUGAGCUGCGGUAUUUGCCACUAAACACAGCGCUUUACGAGCCCCCCCUCGACCCUGAGCUCCCUGCUCUUGAGAGUGAUGGUGACUCAGAUGAUGCCGAAGAUGGUCGAGGUGAUGAGAAACGGAAAAACAAAGGCACUUCGGACAGCUCCUCUGGCAACGUGUCCGAGGGGGAAGGCCUUCCCGAAGGCCAGGAGGAGCCUUUGCAAGGAAGACAGAGGUCCAGGGACAAGGCUGCCCCUCCACGCAAAGAUGCUUCCAAACGUUCUGUACUGUCCAAGUCAGUUCCUGGGUACAAGCCAAAGGUCAUUCCAAAUGCUCUAUGUGGAAUUUGUCUGAAGGGUAAGGAGUCCAACAAGAGAGGGAAGGCUGAGCCACUUGUACACUGCUCCCAGUGUGACAACAGUGGCCAUCCUUCUUGCCUGGAUAUGACCAUGGAGCUUGUUUCUAUGAUUAAGACCUACCCAUGGCAGUGUAUGGAGUGUAAGACUUGCAUUAUAUGUGGACAACCCCACCAUGAAGAAGAAAUGAUGUUCUGUGAUGUGUGUGACAGAGGUUAUCAUACUUUUUGUGUGGGCCUUGGUGCUAUCCCAUCAGGUCGCUGGAUUUGUGACUGUUGUCAGCGAGCACCCCCAACACCCAGGAAAGUGGGCAGAAGGGGGAAAAACAGCAAAGAGGGAUAGUUUUUUUGACCCCAGUACUGUAAUAUGCAUUUAAAUGAAGUAUUUGGUGCCAAUUUAUUUACAACAUUCUCAUUUUUAUGCCAAUAAAAGAUUUUGAAAUUA